AUGGACGGAUAUCUGAAGAAAUUCCAAGUUGCCGCCGGUAAGGUUGGCACACAAGCAACCGCAUUCGCACAAAGUACCGGUCAACAAUUAAAUCAAAGUGCAAAAUUAGCACAAGCAGGAUUUUCAUUACCGAAAGAAUGCGAAAAAGCAGCAAGGAUCUUACAAACAUUCUUGGCUGAUCCUGAACAUCCAGAAACCGCUUUAAAUAGUAUUCCAAAAGCUGUAUUGCAACAGGCAAAAGGUUUGGCCAUCUUUAGUGUUAUCAAAGCAGGUUUCGUUUGGUCAGGUAAAGCUGGUAGUGGUGUGGUGAUUGCUCGUUUGCCUGAUGGAUCUUGGUCCGCUCCCAGCUGUAUCGCAACAGGUGGUGUUGGAUUCGGUAUUCAGAUCGGUGCCGAUCUUUCGGAAUUCGUCGUCGUUCUCAAUUCAGAAGAAGCCGUUCGUUCAUUCUGCUUGGCUGGCAAUUUGACAAUCGGUGGUAACUUGAGCGCUGCCGCAGGACCAAUCGGAACAGGUGGUUCUGUACAAGCUGCAAUCGCUCAUCCUGCACCUAUGUUUAGCUAUUCACGCAGCAAGGGAUUAUACGCAGGCAUGAGCUUGGAAGGAACUGCAUUGAUCGAACGCAAGGAUGCCAAUCGUGAAUUCUACGGACAACCGAUUCCAGCCAAAGAUCUAUUGGAAGGAAAGGUUCCACCACCGGAAGCAGCAUCAGCAAUGUACGAAGUCGUCGAACAGGCAGAAGAGAUUGACGAGAAGGGCGUACCUCAACAAGCAUACAUUCCAUCCCAGACCCCUGGUGGCCAAGAACAACCGGUAACGGCAUACAACCUAAGCGGAUCCACACCAUCAGGAGGCAGUGCGUCUGCAGCAGCUCCCGCAAAAGACAACAAUGCGAUCUUUGAUGCGUAA